AGAAAUGGUUUAGUUCAUUAGGAACAGCUCUGAAGAUGAAAAGUCUUUGUUUUUCACUUUCUUUUCUUUUUGUGAACAUUGUUUCCUCUUUGCCUGUCUUUCCUCAAAGUGAAACUAAUGAAAUAUCUCAAAGUGACUUGAACUAUGCACAGAAAUAUAUUAAACAGUUUUAUACCUUGGGAGAUGGCUCUGAAGGUCUCUUAGAAAGUAAGGACUCCCUAUCUGGAAAGAUUAAAGAAGUGCAACAAUUCUAUGGACUGCAGGAAACAGGGAAACUGAACCAGGAAACUAUGGAAAUAAUGAAAAUGCCUCGAUGUGGGUCUCCUGAUCUUGCUCAAUAUAGACUCUAUCCAGGAAGACCUCGAUGGAGAAAACCAUUUGUCACAUACAGAAUAGUGAACUAUGUACCUCAACUAAGCUACUUUGAAAUAGAAGAUGCCAUAUGGAGGGCUGUGAAUGUUUGGCAAAAAGCAAUUCCAAUGAAUUUUGUCAGAGUCCAUCAUAUUGAAGCUGAUAUCAUGAUUUCAUUUGAACAACGUGUUCAUGGUGACAAUUUUCCAUUUGAUGGGCAUGGCGGGACUUUGGCUCAUGCGUUUUCACCUGGACCGGGUAUUGGAGGGAAUAUUCACUUUGACCGGGAGGAAAAUUGGACAGUGAGGCGCUAUGGUGUCAACUUAUUUCAUGUUGCUACCCAUGAACUUGGUCAUGCACUGGGACUUGGUCAUUCCAGAUAUCGAUCUGCUGUGAUGUAUCCCACAUAUAAAUACCAUCAAUCAAAUAUGUUGUCUCUUUCAUGGGAUGAUAUAAGAGCAAUACAAAACCUGUAUGGAACCAUGCAAAUAUAUAACCAAAAAUCUGCAGAAUCACAAAUACCAGAUAAAUGUGAUCCCUCCAUAUCAUUUGAUGCUGUCACAAAGGCACAUGGAGAAAUUUUGCUCUUCAAAAAUGAAUACUUCUGGCAUACAUACCAACAAAUGGCAGAUGCCAAGUUUACCUCUAUCCAAGAUGUCUGGCUCAGCCUCCCAUCAAAUAUUGAUGCUGUUUGUGAAAUUCCUGAAGACGAUACUAUUUAUUUUUUCAAAGGAUCAAAAUUUUGGACCUACACCCAUUAUGAACUUGGCCAAAAUUCAUCUCAACCUAUUUACCUAUUUGGACUUCCAACAUAUGUGAAGCAAAUAGAUGCAGUAAUAUAUAUUCAACAGACAAAGAAAAUAAUAUUCUUUGUAGGAGAUAUGUAUUGGAGUUACAAUGAAAAAAUAAAGACUAUGGACUAUGGCUAUCCAAAAUGGAUAAGUAGUAACUGGCCAGGAAUCAAUGACAAAAUAGAUGCUGUCUUACAGAAUAAUGAAUUAUUUUACUUCUUCAGUGGACCACGAGUGUAUGAGUAUGACAACUGGAGAAAAGAAACUGUUCGCAUUUUAAAUUCUAACAUCUGGCUGGGGUGUUAAGUAUCUGAAUUCUGACCCACUACAGAAUGUACAUUUUAAGCUAAAAUCCAAAUUUCUAGGUUAGACCUUCGAAAAAGAGAUGCUGCUAUAGGAUUUGAAAUAAUUAAAUGAUACCUGAAUGCUACAAGUUUUUUUUACUGCAUCUUACAUUUUAGCACUUUAACUGAAAUGAUUAAUCAAUAAUAAA